CUCAGUGAAUGGAGAGAGCGAGCGCCGGCCAGCUCACCCGGCCGCCCGGUGCCCCAGCCGCCGCCGCCGCCGCCGCGCUCCCGAACCUAGCCCCAAGCCGGACCUCCCCGGGCGCCGUGCCCCACUGCGCUUGCCCCAGGCUCCCGACCCGGCCCGGGCCCCCGGCCGCGGGCCAGAGGGGCCAGGGGGCGCUCGGCACCUGGGCACUCCGAGCGAUGCGCAGCGGGGCAGUGCCGGCCCCGCCGAUGGAGCUACUGCCGCCGCCGCCGCCGCCGCCCGGCGCGUCCCGCUCUGCCCGCGCCCCGUGCGCCUGAGCGCCGAGCUCGCUCCUCCUCCGCGCCAACUCCGCCGCCCGCUCCCCAGGCAGCCCGUGCUCCGCGCGCGCCUCCGCGGGCUCCACGCGUCUUGCCCCGCCGAGGCAGCCUCCUCCAGGCGCGGGCCCCUGCACACUAUGGCCCCCGGGCGGACGGGGGCCGGCGCCGCAGUGCGCGCCCGCCUGAUGCUGGCCUUGGCUCUGGCGAGUGUUCUGAGCGGGCCCCCCGCCGCCGCCUGCCCCACCAAGUGUACCUGCUCCGCCGCCAGCGUGGACUGCCACGGGCUGGGCCUCCGGGCGGUUCCCCGGGGCAUACCCCGCAACGCCGAGCGCCUUGACCUGGACAGAAAUAAUAUCACCAGGAUCACCAAGACGGAUUUCGCUGGACUCAAGAACCUCCGCGUCCUGCAUCUGGAAGACAACCAGGUCAGCGUCAUCGAGAGAGGCGCCUUCCAGGAUCUGAAGCAGCUGGAGCGACUGCGCCUGAACAAGAACAAACUCCAAGUCCUCCCGGAGCUGCUUUUCCAGAGCAACCCGAAGCUCACCAGACUAGAUCUGAGCGAAAACCAGAUCCUGGGGAUCCCAAGGAAGGCGUUCCGAGGCAUCGCCGACGUGAAGAACCUGCAACUGGACAACAACCACAUCAGCUGCAUUGAAGAUGGAGCCUUCCGAGCGCUGCGUGAUCUGGAGAUCCUCACCCUCAAUAACAACAACAUCAGCCGCAUCCUGGUCACCAGCUUCAACCACAUGCCGAAGAUUCGAACCCUGCGCCUCCACUCCAACCACCUGUACUGUGACUGCCACCUGGCCUGGCUCUCGGAUUGGCUGCGACAGCGGCGGACCAUCGGCCAGUUCACCCUCUGCAUGGCUCCUGUGCACCUGAGGGGCUUCAACGUGGCGGAUGUGCAGAAGAAGGAGUAUGUCUGCCCAGGCCCCCACUCGGAACCUCCAUCCUGCAACGCCAACUCCAUCUCCUGCCCUUCAGCCUGCACUUGCAGCAACAACAUCGUGGACUGUCGAGGGAAGGGCUUGACAGAGAUUCCUGCCAACUUGCCAGAGGGCAUCGUCGAAAUACGCCUGGAACAGAACUCCAUCAAAUCCAUCCCUGCUGGAGCCUUCACCCAGUACAAGAAAUUGAAGCGAAUAGACAUCAGCAAGAAUCAGAUCUCGGACAUCGCCGCAGAUGCCUUCCAGGGUCUGAAAUCGCUCACGUCCCUGGUGCUCUAUGGCAACAAGAUCACUGAGAUUCCCAAGGGACUGUUCGACGGGCUGGUGUCCCUGCAGCUGCUCCUCCUCAAUGCCAACAAGAUCAACUGUCUGCGGGUGAACACAUUUCAGGACCUGCAGAACCUCAACCUCCUCUCCCUGUACGACAACAAGCUGCAGACCAUCAGCAAGGGGCUCUUUGCCCCUCUGCAGGCCAUCCAGACGCUCCACUUAGCCCAAAACCCGUUUGUGUGCGACUGCCACUUGAAGUGGCUGGCUGACUACCUCCAGGACAACCCCAUCGAGACCAGCGGGGCCCGCUGCAGCAGCCCGCGCCGGCUGGCCAACAAGCGCAUCAGCCAGAUCAAGAGCAAGAAGUUCCGCUGCUCAGGCUCGGAGGAUUACCGCAGCAGGUUCAGCAGUGAGUGCUUCCUGGACCUCGUGUGCCCCGACAAGUGCCGCUGUGAGGGCACCAUCGUGGACUGCUCCAACCAGAAGCUGGCCCGAGUCCCAAGCCACCUCCCAGAAUACGUCACCGACCUGCGACUCAACGACAAUGAGAUAUCCGUUCUAGAGGCCACUGGUGUCUUCAAGAAGUUGCCCAACCUGCGGAAAAUAAACUUGAGUAACAAUAAGAUCAAGGAGGUGAGAGAGGGUGCCUUUGAUGGAGCGGCCAGCGUGCAGGAGCUGAUGCUGACGGGGAACCAGCUGGAAACAGUGCACGGGCGCAUGUUCCGUGGCCUCAGCGGCCUCAAGACCUUGAUGCUGAGGAGUAACCUGAUCAGCUGUGUGAGCAACGACACCUUUGUGGGCCUGAGCUCAGUGAGGCUGCUGUCCCUCUACGACAAUCGGAUCAGCACCAUCACCCCCGGAGCCUUCACCACGCUUGUCUCCCUGUCCACCAUAAACCUCCUGUCCAACCCCUUCAACUGCAACUGCCACCUGGCCUGGCUCGGCAAGUGGCUGAGGAAGAGGCGGAUCGUAAGCGGGAACCCCCGGUGCCAGAAGCCCUUCUUCCUCAAGGAGAUUCCCAUCCAGGACGUGGCCAUCCAGGACUUCACCUGUGAAGGCAAUGAUGAGAGCAGCUGCCAGCUGGGCCCGCGCUGCCCAGAGCAGUGCACGUGUGUGGAGACAGUGGUGCGGUGCAGCAACAGGGGGCUCCGUGCCCUCCCCAGAGGCAUCCCCAAGGACGUGACGGAGCUGUACCUGGAAGGAAACCACUUAACAGCUGUGCCCAGGGAGCUGUCCAUUUUCCGACACCUGACACUCAUUGACCUGAGCAACAACAGCAUCGGCAUGCUGACCAACUACACCUUCAGUAACAUGUCUCACCUCUCCACCCUGAUCCUGAGCUACAACCGGCUGCGCUGCAUCCCCAUCCACUCCUUCAACGGGCUGCGGUCCCUCCGAGUGCUAACCCUCCAUGGCAAUGACAUCUCCAGCGUUCCCGAAGGGUCCUUCAAUGACUUGACGUCUCUGUCCCAUCUGGCACUGGGAACCAACCCACUGCACUGUGACUGCAGUCUGCGCUGGCUGUCGGAGUGGGUGAAGGCGGGCUACAAGGAGCCUGGCAUCGCCCGCUGCAGUAGCCCCGAGCCCAUGGCUGACCGACUCCUGCUCACCACCCCCACCCAUCGCUUCCAGUGCAAAGGGCCAGUGGACAUCAACAUUGCGGCCAAGUGCAACGCCUGCCUCUCCAGCCCAUGCAAGAACAACGGGACUUGUAGCCAGGACCCCAUGGAGCUGUACCGCUGCGCCUGUCCCUACGGCUACAAGGGCAAAGACUGCACCGUGCCCAUCAACACCUGCAUCCAGAACCCCUGUCAGCACGGAGGCACCUGCCACCUGAGCGAGAGCCACCAGGAUGGGUUCAGCUGCUCCUGCCCUCUGGGUUUCGAGGGGCAGCGGUGCGAGAUCAACCCAGACGACUGUGAGGACAACGACUGUGAGAACAACGCCACCUGCGUGGACGGCAUCAACAACUACGUGUGUGUUUGCCCCCCCAACUACACAGGUGAGCUGUGCGACGAGGUGAUUGACCACUGCGUGCCCGGGAUGAACCUCUGUCAGCAUGAGGCGAAGUGUGUCUCCCUGGACAGAGGAUUCAGGUGCGACUGUCCCCCUGGCUACAGCGGGAAGCUCUGCGAGGUGGACAACGAUGACUGCACGGCCCACAGGUGCCGCCACGGGGCCCAGUGUGUAGAUGCGGUCAAUGGCUACACAUGCAUCUGCCCCCAGGGCUUCAGCGGGCUCUUCUGCGAGCACCCCCCGCCCAUGGUCCUGCUCCAGACCAGCCCCUGCGAUCAGUACGAGUGCCAGAACGGGGCCCAGUGCAUCGUGGUGCAGCAGGAGCCCACCUGCCGCUGCCCCCCGGGCUUCGCCGGCCCCAGGUGUGAGAAGCUUAUCACCGUCAACUUCGUGGGCAAGGACUCCUACGUGGAACUGGCCUCCGCCAAGGUCCGGCCCCAGGCCAACAUCUCCCUGCAGGUGGCCACAGACAAGGACAACGGCAUUCUUCUCUACAAGGGAGACAACGACCCCCUGGCACUGGAGCUGUACCAGGGCCACGUGAGGCUCGUCUAUGACAGCCUGAGCUCCCCGCCAACCACGGUGUACAGCGUGGAGACCGUGAAUGAUGGGCAGUUUCACAGUGUGGAGCUGGUGAUGCUAAACCAGACGCUGAACCUGGUGGUGGACAAAGGAGCUCCCAAAAGCCUCGGAAAGCUCCAGAAGCAGCCAGCAGUGAGCAUCAACAGCCCCCUCUACCUUGGAGGCAUCCCCACCUCCACGGGCCUCUCAGCCUUGCGCCAGGGUGCCGACCGGCCGCUGGGCGGUUUCCACGGCUGCAUCCACGAGGUGCGCAUCAACAACGAGCUGCAGGACUUCAAGGCCCUCCCGCCGCAGGCCCUGGGCGUCUCGCCGGGCUGCAAGUCCUGCAGCGUGUGCAAGCAUGGCCUGUGCCGCGCCGUGGAGAAGGACAGCGUGGUGUGCGAGUGCCACCCGGGCUGGACGGGCCCGCUGUGCGACCAGGAGGCCCGCGAUCCCUGUCUUGGCCACAGCUGCAACCAGGGGAAGUGCGUGGCAUCCGGGACCUCAUACGUGUGCAAGUGUGCCGAGGGCUAUGGAGGGGCCUUGUGUGACCACAAGAAUGACUCAGCCAGCGCCUGCUCCGCCUUCAAGUGUCACCAUGGGCAGUGCCACGUCUCAGAUCGAGGGGAGCCCUACUGUCUGUGCCAGCCCGGCUUUAGUGGGGAGCACUGCGAACAAGAGAGCCCGUGCCUGGGGGAGGUAGUCCGAGACGUGAUCCGGCGCCAGAAGGGCUCCGCGUCCUGCGCCACGGCCUCCAAGGUGCCUGUAAUGGAAUGUCGUGGGGGCUGCGGGCCACAGUGCUGCCAGCCCACCCGCAGCAAGCGGCGGAAGUACGUGUUCCAGUGCACGGACGGCUCCUCGUUCGUGGAAGAGGUGGAGAGACACUUAGAGUGCGGCUGCCGCCCGUGUUCCUAGGGCCCCACCGCCGCCUGCCACCUACCGGCCCGUGGGGACCCCUGCGAGCUGCAACGCCAAGAAGUGGGAGCUGGAGGAGGACGCGAAAGAAGAGAGUAUUAAGUAUAUUGUAAAAUAAACAAAAAAUAGAACUUAUUUUUAUUAUGGAAAGUGACUAUUUUCAUCUUUUAUGAUAUAAAUAUAUCACACCGUCUGAGUAUAUGUACCAUACAGUGAGUUAUGUCUACCGCGUUUUUUGGUUCGUGUUGUGUAUUUGUCCGGUUUUUAUCAACAGCUGUUCAAAGGUUUAAGAAAAAAAAGACGAAUAAAAAUGUUUUAAAACAAAAGGAUGAGAAUAAAGAGGUUCCAGCCUGUCUGAGGAGGAAGGCGGAGGUUUAUACGUUUAGGGAAACUGCCUACUGAGCUCAGGAAGAGGAAUGAGACGAGGGAGAGAGAAGGAAGAGACUUUUGUUUCUCCUUAUUUGAAAUGACUUUUCUUCUUUCCUAAAGGAAGCCCCCCAGCUUUUCAGUCCUGGUGGUCGAGGCCAGGGCUGCCCAGUUCGUCCAGGAAAAGCCGCUAAGCGUGGGCUCCAAACUCUCCCUGGGCCCCAGCGCCCUGGCUGCCCCCUGAGCCCCAGGCCCCUGCAAGGUCUGAGGCCACAGCAGGCCCUCUCCCCCUUCCCCGCUGGCCUUGGUUCCAUCACAGAGCGGUGUGAACGCAGCCACAGGCUGAGCUUGAGCCAGUCUUGCCAAAUCUGAAAACAGCUGCUCAUUGCCUGCCCCUCCCCAGGAGCACAGGGGUCAACCAUCCACUAGGGCCGGGCACCCCCCGCUUCCUCUGGAAGCUCCUGAACCACUCUCCCCACUCCAGUCACUCUGGUGCUGGAAGGUGAUACUGAGAGAGCAGGCAGCCUGGGCUGCUGGAAAUGAAGGCUGGGAGGCAGGCCUGCCCCCAGCUCCAGUAGAAUCCUGGCUGUGGAAAGGUCUAGGAGGCUCCUGCCAUGGGACAGAUAGGCCUCUGCCACCUAAUCCUCCAGGCCCCAUCACUAUAGCAACGACCCCCUUGUCCAUCUGCAAAGCUUUCUGAUGCAUAUCCACAGGGCGCCUUGCCCCAGAAAGGGUAAAGCCAUAUAACCCCAUUUCAUAGACAAGGAAACAGAGGCCCCUCUCCAGCCCUCACUUGCCUUAAGCCUCCUCUCUGGUAAGUGGAAGAGCCAGGCCUGGAGCCCAGAGUCAAUACUCUAGAUUCCUUGUCUAGAUUAGUAGAAACACAGGCGAUUCAGGCAGUUUAAGUGCAUCAGAGAAGCCCUGCCAGAAAAGGGAGGUAGAUGGUUUUUUCGGCUACUUGGCCGGUUCUCGUUCUGCCUUGUUCAUUCCUCAUUCUGCCUCCUUAGUAUCCGGCAAGAUUCUAGACCUGGGACUUGGGUACCACAAAGUGUGAACAAGGGAAGCCCAUCCAGGCCAGACUCCACUCCAAGAAGUGCCAGCCCUCCUGAAGGGGACUGGGCCCUGUCUCGUCCCCACGCUCAUCUGCCCCUUUCCACCCCUGCCCGGCUCACAGAUGGCCCAGGGGCUCAGCUGCUCACACCAGCUCCCUGUCUGGCACCCAUCUCUCCCUGCCCCAGGAGCUUCCCCUGCAGAAGCUUCAGGGACCAGAGUGUGGGGCCCAGUGGGCCAUGCAGCGCUGGGCGUCCCCACACGAGCCUGGUGGUUCUCUGAGGAUCCAUGUCCAACCAAAGGCUCGAAGAAGAAGAAGAGAGAAAGAAAAGGAAGAUGGAGGAAAUAAGGCAAAUGGCAGAUGAGGGAAGAGAGAGAAGGGGGAAGGAGGGAAAAACAAGGAACAAAAGGAAGAUGGGAAUAAGAAAGAGAGGGAGGGAAUUUCCUCAAAAAUGUGUAUAUUCUAGGUAAUAUACAUCAUGUUCCAGGUACAUACUGUACCUUAUGAUGAGUUUGUUUCAAAUAUUAGUGGCUACAUGGACUUAGCACUUACUGGUACCAUUCUGACUUAAAUAUAUUAAUAUAUAACAUGUAUAUUCAUUUCAUUCUCAAAACAACCGUAUAGUAAAGACAUUGCCAACCCAUUUUACAGCUGAGUAUAUUGAGGGAUGGGGAAAUUAAGGAACUUGCACAAGGGCUGAUGCCCAGUCGAUUAUAGACCAGGAUGGGGGCCCAGGCUGACUGACUCCAGGACUCGCUCCUCACAGGAAGGACAUAGGUCCCGCCUCUGAGGAUCCUACCGUCUGAGGCAGGAACAGUCAUGGAGAGAAACAAUUACAUGGAAGUAGCUGUCCAGAGGAAGGAAUUUCCAAUCUUGGGUUUUCAGGGAUGAAGAGGAGUUUGCCAAGACACAGGAAAGGGAGUUGAACUUUGCAGGAAUGCCCUAUUCAAAAGCAGGGAAAGGGGUUCCCAUCGUGGCUCAGCUGAAACGAAACUGACUAGUAUCCCUGAGGAUGCAGGUUCGAUCCCUGGCCCGGCCCAGUGAGUUAAGGAUCUGGUGUUGCUACGAGCUGUGGUGUAGGUCACAGAUGAGGCUCGGAUCUGGCAUUGCUGUGGCUGUGAUGUAGGCUGCCAGCUACAGCUCCAAUUGGACUCCUGGCCUGGGGAGCUCCUUAUGCCGCAGGUGCAGCCCUAAAAAGACAAAAAAGAAAAGAAAGAAAGAAAACGCAGGGGAAUAUGAAAAGACCCAGAAUGGGUGGGGAGUGAUCAGAGAUCUAGGGUGGCAGGAGUGUAGAUUCGCACCAGGCAGCGGGGAUAAAUGGAGUAGGCAUGAAGGCAGGAGUUGGACCACAGAGGCCCAGCCGGGUUUAUGAGCAGGGGAGUAGCCAACCAAGCUCUGUUUUAGGAAGGGAACUGGUCGCAAAGUAGAGAAAGACCUGGAAGACAAGAUGGGGGCGCUGCCACCCCAAAUGGCCUCGGGGUCUCCCCCAGGGGUCACUUGGGCUUGCUAUGGCUAGGCCAUGCUGACUUCUGGGGGAGGUCCACAGAGUCCACGGGAGCUGAGGGGCUCUGCCCUGGAAGAAGUGUCCUGGGAUCUACCCGAUGCCCCUCCCAUCUCCCCUCCCUGCCAGUGCCCCCACACAGGCAGGCAGUCCUGAGCCUUAUUCUCCCGCCAAAGCUCCUAGCCAUCUCCCCCGACCCGGCACCAAGCCCACUCAGCCUACUGCCUUGAGAGCCCAUCCAGGGUCCCUGACUCUCUGGGAGGUCUCAGCAAGCUGAUGGCUUUCCCUCUGCCUCCCCCAAGGAAUCUGAGACCUCCCUUUGCCAGUUACUCUCUGGGCCCGACCCUGAAUUCAGCUGCAGUCAGCCAAGACAGCCAACAGAAUAGGGUUCCUCCUUUCGGUGUGGCUCUGGGGUGAUUUGGAGCCUUCCCCUCAAUUUUAGAAGCCCUGACUUUAUGAAAUGCCAAACUCGCGAUCAUUAAGAAAAUCCUCCGCAAAAUAAAGUCUCUCUAACAAAUGGAGAUUAAAACUCUCUUGGGUAAGCAGCCAGAUUUUAGAAACAGAGAGGCCCGUGGAGCAGGAAGAGCUCAGUCAGGUACUUUGCACACUUCAUGGUGCAGUGCUUGGGUGUGAAGAAGUGCAUGUGUGCAGAAGAGGGGGCUUGGGCUCUGUUUCCCCCCUGAGCAGAGGUUCAGGGGAAGAGAGUAUCCCUUUUGGACUCAACCAGGGGACUCUAAAAUGGUUGAUGAGAUGAUGUAUUUAAAAGCUCUUUGUCAAGUGUAAACUAAAAACCUUCAAUGUAAGAUGCUAUUGUUAUUAUUA